UCUGACUUUUUAUGGAUCCAUUUGCACCAACCAUUUUCUCCAGAAAAAUUGUUACUACUAAAGCUGGCUCUAACCGAAUAGGUCCUAGAAGUAAAGGAAGGAGUUUUGAGAAUCUGUUGAAUUGAGGAAUUACUUAUAACACAAUCUGCCUUUUGUAGAGUUCCUGGAGCUAAUCAAAUCGAAAAGUGCAUUUCAAGGGAGAAAGCUAUCUUCUUCCAUUCCUUUUUCUUACUUCUCCGGUUGACGUCUGUGGGUUUAUCCUGAUUCGAGGAUCUUGUGAUGGGAAUCAGUAAAACAGAGGUGAACUUGAGAAGGCUGCUUGCUGCUGCACCCAAACAACAAAACCAUGCAAAACUUGUACAUUAUGUGGCUACUUUGAGAGAACUAUUGGAACAGCUGGCUGAAGAGAGAACAACAGAAGGCUUACCAAGAGUUUCAAAGGCUAAGGUGAAUGAUUAUUCAGAGAAGAUUGAAUCCAUUGCUUCAAAAUUAGGUGCCCCACUGCCCAAUAUUAAAGUUACCCAUGAGUCAUUCUCUGUGGACACCUUUAAAGAAAGCCCUCCCCAGAUUGAUGGAGAGAACCAUAAUCCUUCUUCUCCAGGGCUAAGAAGGAGAGUUGUGCCUGCCUCAACUACCAGAGAUAGAAAUCAGGAUGCCAAAGAGGCUGAUAUGUCUCCACCUGUUAAACUGGAUGCUGCAGCUCAGGCACACAUAGAGAAGCAUAGAAAGCUUCAGGAGGACUUAACUGAUGAAAUGGUUGUGUUGGCAAGACAACUCAAAGAGAGUAGUCUGAUGAUGAGCCAGUCUGUGCAGAACACUGAGAAGAUACUUGAUUCCACAGAAAAGGCUGUCGAGCAUAGUCUGGCUAGCACUGGACACGCUAAUGUCCGUGCCAUGAAGAUAUACUCGGAAACCUCAAAGACUACAUGUUUCACAUGGCUUCUGAUGUUUGCUAUGACAUGUAUAUUCAUUAUGGUUGUACUCCUGAUUCGUGUCACAUAAUCUAAAUCAUAAACAAGGGUAACUCACUCACUGUAGCUUGCACAUACAAAGCAAGAUCUUCAUGCAGAGUCUCGAAUUCCAUUUUUUUAACCAGAAUUAGGUUGAGUGGUAAUUAGCAUUUACAACUUUUGUAGUUGUUGCUUAAUUAACUAUAAUGAAGUGGUGAACUUUGUCAAUUCAACGUAACAAGUUUUCUCAUUUCUGGAAACAAAUGUUCAUAUUAUUG